ACUAUCGCGGUCGCCUCGUUUUUCAUGCAACUUUGGCCAGCAGCGCCGACUCGCCGAAGCUCAACCUGUGAUUUGGAAAACACAAAAGCUGUGUAAUCAUGGCGUCUGAGCGGUACAGCUUCUCCCUGACGACUUUCAGUCCGUCAGGCAAACUUGUGCAAAUAGAGUAUGCCUUAGCAGCCGUCGAAGCUGGAGCUCGUUCCGUUGGAAUCAAAGCGUCCAAUGGUGUUGUCAUUGCCACUGAGAAAGUGCCCAAAUCCAUUCUAGUGGAUGAACACAGCGUUCACAGGGUCGAGGAAGUGUCCAAGCAUAUUGGAAUGGUAUACAGCGGCAUGGGACCUGACUAUCGCCUGCUGGUCAAAACAGCUCGCAAGAAGGCUCAGCAGUAUUCAUUGGUGUACCAAGAGGAAAUCCCAACUGCACAAUUAGUGCAAAGAGUUGCUUCCGUCAUGCAGGAAUACACACAGUCCGGAGGUGUUCGUCCUUUCGGAGUGUCUUUGCUCAUCUGUGGCUGGGACAACGAUCGUCCAUACCUUUUCCAGUGUGAUCCGUCUGGUGCCUACUUUGCUUGGAAGGCCACUGCUAUGGGCAAAAAUUACAACAAUGGAAGAACCUUCUUGGAGAAAAGGUACAAUGAAGACCUUGAACUGGAUGAUGCAGUGCACACUGCCAUUCUGACACUGAAGGAAGGCUUUGAGGGGCAAAUGACUGCUGACAAUAUUGAAGUUGGUAUCUGUGACGCUACUGGUUUCCGAAGACUGGACCCCAACAGCGUCAAGGAUUAUCUGGCCAACAUUCCCUAAGAAGUCACUUUGUGAUGGCAAAGACUUUACCACCCUUUGGCAUUGUUGUGUGCAACUCUAUAAUCAUAAUUUUGUUUUAACUAUCUUCUCUUGGCAAAUUGGAAAUUUUUAAACAUAUGAAGUAUCAAAUUCUUUAACUCCUAUAUCUGUUGCAAAUAUAACGUCAUGAUAACAAAAUGCUUGUUUCUCCUUAAAAAUUUCCAUCUUGCCACAUUAAAAUGUUAUUUGGACUAAAAUGAAUGGUAAAAUAAUUAAAAAAAAAAAUGAUUUAAUUUAUAUUUGACAUUUCAAAUUUGCAGUACAAAUUUGAUCUAUUUCCGGAGAAAAAUUAAAAAAAAAAAACAAUCACCUCAUCUUUUGUGUAAUUGCAACGGCAAGAUGAGAAUGUACUCAUGGCACCUAUUACUGUUUCCACAUCUUCAAGAUGUAUUGCAAAUUCAACUAGAAUAUUUGAAUUUGAUAUGCAAUUUUUUCUUCUUUUUAAUUAAAACAAUCAACUUAUG